AAUGGAUGCUAGGCGUGAAAAGUGAGGGAAAAAGAAGCGACAUUGCAAGGGCUUCGAAGCAAGAGCACUUUGAGACGAACGGAAUUUCAAUAAGCCGCCCGGCCAAAGGCUCGGCCCCGGCCCGAGGACUGCUGGGAAAAGAUGAAACGUCCAGCGCUGCAGAACGGCUGAAACUGGAAACCUCAAACGCUCGGGAAAGCGCGUCCGGAUGCGGGCAUGACAGUGCGUGCAGUGCGGGUGUGUGUUUGUGUGUGCGUUUGCGGGUUUGUUUGUGCGUGCCGUAAUGUGAGUAGCCGCAACCGAUUGAAGCUUUAAAACUCAACGACAUAUCAUCACUACCAACCCCUUUGUAUCAACCUGGCGACGAUCAACCGAAAGGCCGACGCUCUCGAGGGCGUCUGAGACGCCGGACUGAUUCCGAGUGUCCACAGCAAAAAAAAAAAAAAGGGAAAGAAAGCAAAGUAGCGUAGAGCAAACAACUUAACCAGUUUACGGAGGAAAGAAACGGACCCACCCACAAUCUCGACCCGAGCCCGACCGGAACGCCAGCCAUGUCGCUCACGGUGCGGAUAAACAAGUUCCAGCUGCCGAAGUCGAAGGCCAACCUGCUUGGCCGGGUCGAGUUCCGAGGGGUCGCUCACACCACGACUGAGCUUAACUGCGGCUCGGAACAUGUGGAAGUUAACCAGAGCUUCAUCUGGCCGCUGGCGCGGGCGGCGGACGAGGCGGAAACGAUUACCGUCGAGCUGCGGCAGCAAACCACGAAGAUCCUGCUGAAGACCGGCAUCGGGAUCGCGUCCGGCGGCGGCAACGGCUCGGGCGGGCCCGCCAACCGCGGCAGCAUCACCAGCAGCACCAAAAUCAUCGGCCGAUUCGUCAUGCUUGCGCAAGCUCUUAUCAACGAAGGCCGGCUGCGGAUAGAGGACCGUCUGGUGGAUCUAUCAAACAAACCAAUCGAUGCGUACGUCAGCUUUGACGUGUGCUAUCAGAGCCCGGAGGAUGAGUCCGGGAACUUCUACGCGCCCCGCGUGGUGCACUCGCUGCACCAGCAGUCCAGCCUCGACGACGACCAGCAGAUGCUGCUGGACAUCGAGCAGAACAUCGCCAACCUCGAGAAGAGCCUGUCGCAGAGCAGGACGGCCGACCAGCCGUCCUCGUCGUCCGGCCGGACCCGCUCGAGCCGGGCGCCGAGCAGUGGUGGUGGUGGUGGUGGUGGUGGUGGCGGUUCCGACCGGAAACCGAACAUCAUCAAGCGCGUGAUGUCUUCCGGUUCGGGCAUCGGCGAGCGAAGCGGCGGGCCCGCCAGCAAUCAGCCGUCGGAUCACGCUUCCUCCGAUAACGAGGCGUCCGCCCGGCCGGCCAAGUCCAUCUCGGACAAGAAGGUGACGCUCCGGACGGUGCGGAACUUCAUGCGGCUGGGCCGCUCGAGGCACUCGUCGCGCGAGAGCACCGCCAGCAGCACCGAGGACGAGGGCAAAUCGCUGAUCACCAGCACCGGGCACGAGCGGGAGCAGUCGGCCGAGCCGGGCCGGACUUCCGGCGGCGAGCAAGGGCACGCGGCGCCAGGGACGGGGACGGGGGCGGCCGGCGAGAGCCCGACCAGCGCGACCGGCAAGGGGGCGGUGCCUCCUGGCGGCUACGAGAACGUCUCGCAGACGUGUAGUACCCACUCGAAUGCUUCCAGCGACGGCGAGGACGUCACCACUAAUGAGAAGCUCAAGAAAUUAAAAAGCAUGGCCAAGGGAAAUGAUCAUCUGAAGUCGCAGGACUUCCAGGUGUGCGUCACCAUCAUCGAGGCACGGCAGCUGCCCGGCCUGAACAUGGAUCCGGUCGUCUGCAUCCAGGUUGGGGACCAAAAGAAGUACACCAGCGUGAAGGAGAGCACCAACUGUCCGUACUACAACGAGUAUUUCGUCUUCGAUUUCCACAUGCCACCGGUGAUGCUGUUCGACAAGAUUAUCACACUGUCUGUCAUACAUUCUCGCAAGUUCAUGCGCUCCGGAACGGUGGUGGGCUCGUUCAAAAUCGAUCUUAAAACAGUCUACGAUGCGCCCGACCACCAGUUCUACCACAAAUGGGCGCUGCUGUCCGAUCCAGAAGACUUUGCGGCCGGCCCGAAAGGCUACCUGAAGUGCGACGUCGGCAUCAUCGGCAAGGGCGACACGGUGAAGGUGCCGCCCAAGUCGGAGAAGGAUCCGGACGACAUCGAGGCGAACCUGCUGCUGCCGGACGGCGUUCCGAUCGAGCGCCAGCGCGCCAAGUUCAUCGUCAAGGUGUACCGGGCGGACGGGCUGCCGCGCAUGAACUCUUCCAUCAUGGCGAACGUGAAGCGAGCGUUCACUGGCGAGGCGAAGGAUCUCGUCAAUCCGUACGUGCAGGUGUCGUUUGCGGGACUGACGGGUAAAACGAACGUGAAGAAGGCCUCCUACAACCCGGUGUGGAACGAGCAGCUCGUGUUCACGGAGAUGUUUCCGCCGCUGUGCCAACGCAUCAAGAUCCAGCUGCGGGACGCGGACCCGAUGAAGCCGGCCAUCAUCGGUACGCACUACAUCGACCUGAAGCAGAUCUCCAACGAUGGCGAGAAAGGCUUUCUGCCCACGUACGGGCCGUCGUUCGUGCAUCUGUACGGGUCGACGCGGGACUACAACCUGCUGGACCAGCACUCCAACCUCAACACCGGGCUCGGCGAGGGCGUCAGCUAUCGGGCUCGGCUGCUGAUAGCGAUCCGUACCGAGAUCACCGACAAUGUGGAGCUGUUCGCCGACAAGAACGUGGAAGUGGAACCAACGCUGCCUAUAUGCGAGUCGUCGUACUGCAAAAACGAUGGCUUCUUCCUGUUCUCCACCGUCCUGGAGGCGUCGAUGCUGGACAAGAAGGUGUGCGAUCGGUCGGUUUACUUCGAGCUGAGCAUGGGUAACGCCGGCAACUCGCUGGAUGGCCACAACGAGAGCGCCACCAACAACAUGGACGACGACGAGGAACCUGUGUCGAUCGAUACAACUGCGUACAAUAGCACGACGAGUGCGUGCAAGCCCAUCACGCAUGACAAGAAUCACUACUACCUACCGUACUGGGACUACAAGCCGUGCAUGGACGUUCGCGCCUGGUUCCCGGACCUCCGGCGGCGGAUGUACAAUAGCAACAUGAUUUCGAAGAUUACGGAACGCAUGGAAGUUGGGCUGGCGGAGACGAACCUGCUGCUCGAGGAGGAGGACCCAACGGCCGAAGUGAAGCUGCGGGGCGUCCUCGAGGAGGUGGCUUCCAGCUGCAACAAGUACGUCACCAUCACGAAGGGGGCGCUGGUGGGACCCGGUACCGGCAAGACGAAGCUCGACAAGGAGCGAAUCAAGCUGUGCCAGCGCGAGGUGGAGUCGAUCGGCAAUAUGUCGCGCAACCUGCGCGCCCUCGUCACCAAGAGCUCGAUGAAGGAACGCUACAAGACGGCCCAGAACUACCUGGCGAAGUUGAAGUUCCUCAUCGAGGAUCCGCAGCACGCCCUGCCGGACGUGUUUGUGUGGAUGAUUGCGAACGGCAAGCGCGUCGCCUACCAUCGGUUGGACGCGCGGGACCUCAUCUACUCCACGAUCGAGGAGGAGACGGGCGUGUUCUGCGGCAAGGUGCAGACGGUCUUCCUGAAGCUGCCGGGCAAGCAGGCGGACGGACCGGCAGGGUGGCAUGUGCGCGCGAAACUGUCGCUGUACCUCUGGCUCGGUACGCUCAAGCACAAGAAGUUUUUCUACUCCGGCCUUCCGCGGGGCUACGAAAUGCUGCACGAGCUCAAGAAUGCCGAGAAGAGCAACGUACCGGCACCGACGACGGUGCACUACGUGGAGAAGUACGUGUUCCAGCUACGGGCGCACAUCUAUCAGGCACGCUCGCUGAUCGGCUCCGACGCUUCCGGGCUGAGCGAUCCGUACGCGACGGUCUACAUCACCGAGUACUCCAAGACGACGCAGGUGAUCGAGGAAACGCUCAGCCCAACCUGGGACGAGCUGCUGGUGUUCGAUGAGAUAACUAUCUACGGCUCGAAGGAGGAGAUCAAACGGGACCCACCGACCAUCGUCAUCGACGUGUACGACCAGGAUAAGGUGGGAAAGUCGGACUUUAUAGGGCGCGCCAUCGCCAAGCCACGCAUCAAGUUGAAAGAGAACCACUACAGUACGCCCGUGCUGGAGUGGUUCGAGAUCACGCGCGGGCUCGACGGUGCCGGCGAACUGUUGGCGGCUUUCGAGAUGCUUGAGCAUGGAUCGGACGAUGUGCCGCGUCUGUCGGAUCCGAAGUACAUUGCUCACGGCGAGUAUCGGGGAGCCGGAGAGACGUCGACGGCGAUGCAACAGGCGCUAACCAUUCUCCCGGUGCCGCAAGAAGUUCGUCCCAAUCUGGCCCGCUUCCGCAUAGAAGUCCUCUUCUGGGGAUUGCGUGAUCUCAAGCGGGUGCAUUUCAUGACGGUCGAUAAGCCCCGCAUCGACAUCGAGUGCUCGGGCAAGAUCAUGAACUCCAGCAUCAUCCAGAACGCCAAGAAGAACCCGAACUUUGCGAACAUGUUGAAGUUCUUCGACCUCGACCUGCCGAUCGAGGAGCGUUACGCGCCACCAAUCACGAUCCGAGCCGUCGACUGUCGCUCGUUCGGACGCUACACUCUGGUCGGUACGCAUCAGAUCACGUCCAUCCACAAAUACAUGCACCGUCCGCCACCGAAGGAAGACCCGAAGCGGUUCAACCAGGAUGGUCAGGUAGUGCUUUCGCGACGCCGAGGAUCGGCGGGCAACCUCAUUUCACCAGCAGCGGAUUCCGCCGCAGUCGGUGCCCUCACCAACUCGUGGUCCGGCGAAAACCUCACCCUGUACGGUGCCGCCUACGUUGGCAAGGCACUGCACUCGAAGGGCAAGAAGGCGAAAAAGAAGCUGGAGUCGCAGGACGCCUCGUUUGACGCGCAGGGCGGCGGCGGUGAUGACGACGACGAGUCCAGCAAAGACUGGUGGACCAAGUACUUUCUGUCGUACGAGAAGCUGAUCGAGUCGACGAAGCACUCCACCUCCUCGCGGCUGCUGGAGCAACAGCAGCAGCAGCGGAACCAGCAGUCCCACCAGCAGGGUGGCGCCCACGACUCGACCGAGAAUGGCCGGAAGCUCGGUGUCAAGACGUCCAAGUUUGUGUCGAAGCUGAGCCCCAAGUCGACGCCCCAGAAGAGCUGCCCCGCCGGGUCCCGCGUGGCCACCUGCAAGAUAUACCCCAACGAGCUGGAGUCGGUCUACGAGUUCAACGACUUCAAGGAGUGGCUGCUGUCGUUUCCGCUGUACCGCGGCAAGAAGACGGGCGACAGCACGGAGGACGAGACGCGCAUCGUCGGCUACUUCAAGGGUGCGAUCAAGGUGUACAAGCUGCCGAUCGAGAAGGGCAUGGAACCGGCGUUCGCACCAACACUCCCGCUCAACGAUCCGAUUCACGUGCUGGUGCGUGUCUACAUCGUGAAGGCCACCGAUCUCCAUCCGAUGGACCUGAACGGCAAGGCAGACCCGUACGUGGUACUGCAGCUCGGCAGCAAGCGUAUCUCGGAUAAGGAUAACUACGUCAGCAAGCAGCUGAAUCCGGUGUUCGGCAAGUGUUUCGAAAUCGAGGCCACCUUCCCGCAAGACUCGAUGCUGACGGUGCAGAUCUUCGACUGGGACCUGGUCGGCUCGGACGACCUCAUCGGUGAGACAAAGAUCGACCUGGAGAAUCGCUUCUACAGCAAGCACCGGGCCAUGUGCGGUAUAUCGACCAACUACGAAGACUCCGGCUACAAUAUAUGGCGUGAUCCGAUGAAACCCACCCAAAUUCUGUCGAAGUUGUGCAAGGAGAACAAACUCGAAGGCCCACAGUACCUGCAGGAUCGGGUCACCAUUGGGCGCUACUGCUUCAUGUUUUCCAGUGAGGAGAUCCAAACCUGGUCCAAUCCAACCUCGAUCAAGUACCGGGACGAGCAUCUGGCCCUUGCCGUUCUGCACCGGUGGGAGGAGAUGCCUCGCGUAGGUUGUAAGAUCGUGCCGGAACACAUCGAGUCCCGCUCGUUGUACAACACCGACAAACCAGGCAUCGAGCAGGGUAAGCUGGAGAUGUGGGUGGAUAUGUUCCCGAUGGAUAUGCCGCUACCGGGUCCACCGGUUGACAUCUCGCCCCGGAAACCCAAGUCCUACGAGCUGCGCGUCGUCAUCUGGAACACGGACGACGUGGUGCUGGAAGAUGAUGCCUUCUUCACCGGCGAGAAAAUGUCCGACAUUUACGUGAAGGGAUGGCUGAAAGGACAGCAGGAUAUGCAGGCAACGGACAUCCACUACCGCUCGCUGACCGGCGAGGGCAACUUCAACUGGCGCUUCAUCUUCCCCUUCGAGUACCUAGCCGCCGAGGAGCGCAUCGUGCUGUCGCGCAAGGAGUCGCUGUUCAGCUGGGACGAAACGGAGGUGAAGAUCCCGGCCCGCCUGGAGCUGCAGGUGUGGGACGCGGACCACUUCUCCGCCGACGACUUUCUCGGCGCCAUCUCGCUCAACCUGAACCGCUUCCCGCGGGGCGCCAAGUCCUCCAAACUCUGCACGCUCAACAUGCUGCGCACCGACAACGUGCCGACGGUGAACAUUUUCAAGCAGAAGCGCGUCCGCGGCUGGUGGCCGUUCUUCAUCAAGAAGGAGAACGACGAAAUGGAGCUGACCGGCAAGGUGGAGGCGGAGAUUCAUCUGCUCACGAAGGAGGAGGCGGAGAAGAACCCGGCCGGAUUCGGGCGGAACGAGCCGGAUCCGCUGGAAAAACCGAACCGACCGGACGCAUCCUUCAUGUGGUUUCUCAACCCGCUCAAGUCGGUGCGCUACAUCGUCUGGCACAACUACAAGUGGAGCAUUAUCAAAGGGCUCGUCAUUAUCGGACUGGCGAUACUUCUGCUCCUGUUCUUCUACUCCGUGCCGGGCUACACGGUGAAGAAAAUGCUCGGAGCGUAA